GCCCUUGAAUAAUGUUUCCUGAAAAUGAUCAUGGGUUUUCUUAUAGCUGUUUGGUCUUACUGAAUUGCAGUAAGGGUGCAAUAGAGGAAAAUCUGUUCUUUUUUUUUCAAGCAGUUUCCCCAUGUAAGAAGCGUUUUUUGCUCUGGGCAGCUGCAUCAGGGCAGGAAAGCAGAGUGGAAAACUCUAGACCCCAGCCCAAAAGCGUCCGAGGAGCAGGGCAGCCAAGAGGUAGAAGCAUCCGGGCCUAUCUGUUGUGCCAAAGGAGAGAGCCAAUGGAGAAGCUUAAGACGAUAGUGGACCUGCACUUGAAGCACUACGGCGUACUGGGUUACGGCCUGGUGACUGCGCUGACUGCGGGGCUGGAGCGCAUCUUCUCCACCGUGGUGUUCCAGUGCCCCUGCAGUGCCACCUGGAACCUGGCCUAUGGGCUGCUGUUCCUGUUGGUACCCGCUCUGGCACUCUUCUUCCUGGGCUACCUGCUCAGCGCUCGCACUUGGCGCCUGCUAACCGGAUGCUGCGCGCCGGGCACCUGCACCUGCACCUGCUGCUGUGGCAAGGUGCUGCGCGGGGUCCUGGUGUUUGCGCAGCUCAGCGGGACGGCUGCCGUUGCGCCCCUCACCUGGGUGGCCGUGGCACUGCUCGGGGGUGAUUUCUAUGAGUGCGCCGCCAGUGGGACCCAGGUCUUGGUGCGGCGCCUGUGCUCUGGCCACGGGGACCCCAACUGUAUCACCUUGCUGCCUCUGGUGCCCUGCGGGGAUAAACAGGCUGAGGACCUGAUGGACUUCAAGAAGAAUCUCAAGGCACAGUCGCAGAUAGCGGGCUGGAUCCUGAUAGCAGCAGUUAUCAUCUGUCUUGUGAUUUUUGUGUCUAUCACGCGAUGUCUAUCUCCAGUUAGUUUUCUGCAGCUGAAAUUUUGGAAAAUCUAUUUGGCACAGGAGCGGAAGAUUUUCGAAAAUCAGGCCACAGAGCAUGCAACCAAAUUGGCAGAAAAUAAUGUUAAAUGUUUCUUUGAGUGCUCACAUCAAAAGGGGGAAUACAAAACCCCAAGCAAGGAAGACUGGAAGAAGGUCUCAGCACUAUACACCUUCAAUCCAAAAGAACUGCACUACAGCACAGUGCACAAGUUUGUUAACACAGAAGAAAACGCUGACGGAAAUGAACGUUCUGAAGGAGAAACAAUGGUUGCUCUUCACUUUGUAGAUUCAUUUGCUUUAAACACCACUCUUAAUUUAUGACUUUAUGAAUGAAUAGGGAAAAGGGGUUCUUUAAAAUUAUUGCUUCUUUAAAAAAAUAAACAUUAGUAUUGUUUA